CAGUUAUUGGUCGCAAUGAACAUUCAACUUAUUAAUUUGUGCUUUAUAUUAAUAAUUAUUAAUAAUAUAAGUAAAUAUGCAUAUGCUAUACACACAUGUAGUCGAAUGAAAUUGGUUCCGUAUCCGCGAAUGCAAAUGAGACGUAUGCCUUUUGAACAUCAUUCAGUGCAUGGAUAUCGUCUUGUAACAGAGACAAGAUAUCGAACCGAACAUGAAUAUUAUUGUUGUGAUGGAUAUGAAGGCCCUGUGAAUGACUGUCGCCCAAUUUGUUCGAACAAUUGCAAUGGAAAUGGCUUAUGCCUUUCUCCCGGUAGAUGUCUUUGCACAAUUGGUUAUGGCGGCAAUGACUGUCAACCGACUUGCCGAAAUUGUGGCAAGAAUAGUUUCUGCUCCAAGCCAGAAGUCUGUGAAUGUAAAAUGGGCUUUGCCAGAAAUGAUUCAAGCCUUGCCGAUAUAUGCCAUCCAAUCUGUGAAAUUAAAUGUGAAGAGCACGCCGAGUGUGUGGCGCCCGAGAAAUGUGAAUGCGUUGAGGGAUAUUCUAAACAAGAAACUAAAGAUGGUUGCCAACCUAUAUGCCAUCAGAAAUGUGCGGAAAAUGCAUUUUGCCAGCAACCAGAUACUUGUAAAUGCAAUUUAGGCUAUAUUAUGAAUGAACAGACCUGUGAACCAGAUUGCAGCAAUAAUUGUCCGGAGAAUGCCAAAUGUAUAGCACCAGGUCACUGUGAAUGUAAUCCUGGCUAUGAAAAAAUCAAUGGAACAGAAACUUGUAAGCCGUUGCAUUUAGUUUCCUCAACUACUGAAGCACUUUCUACUGAAAUGGUAACUAUUCCAACCACUGACUGGCCCAGGUCUACAAUGCUGCAACGCCGUUCAAUCUCUACGACGCCAACAAAUAUUCCACUGACCUCAAUUCCACUCACCAAUUGCACUAGAAAUUGUCAGUGCUGGACUGAAUACGAUGAAAUGGGUUCCAUUCCAAAUUCCAAGUGUUUUGACAUUUGUUUAAAAGAUAAUCAAAAGACACGCUGCCUAAAUCUCACAAAUUGUCAUUGUUAUCAGGAGAAUGGCCCAAUAUCAUGCAAAGAUGGCGAUGAGGAUGAUAGUAUCGAGGAAUUGCAAUAUAUUUGCAAAGUUAGAGCAUCAGUGGUAGAAGAACAAAGCGAAAAAUUGGAAUCGCAAGGUAAUGUCAAAAAAUUAGGUCCUAAAUCCUAUUGGCCAAUUAUUGCAGGCAUUAUUAUUACUAUUGGUGCCAUAAUUUUUGCUGGAUUAGCCUUUUAUUUUUAUAACAAACGCAGAUUGAUUGAAAGACACGGUGAGCCUUUGCUUGUAGAUAAUUUAUAAUUUGUAUGAUAUUUG